AUGAAGUCUGGACUCAGGGUGAUGCUGCUGUCGCUGCUGCUGCUGCGGACUGCUGAAGGCCGGGCAGUGCAUGGUGGAAUAAAUGUUGCCUGGGACCGGUGCCAGGAGCUGUCUCAAAAUGUUACUGCCUUGGCGUGGGGCAUUCACCCGCAGAUGGGAAAUCUGGAGCUGCCAAGAGAGGAAGGCACUGGAGAAGCUGUAGAUGACAUGCCCCACAUCCAGUGUGGUGAUGGCUGUGAUCAUCAGAGUCUCAGUAACAACAGCCAGCUCUGCUUGCAGAAGAUCCAUCGAGGCUUAAUCUUCUAUGGUCAGUUGCUAAACUCGGACAUUUUCACUGGGGAACCUUCUCUACUUCAGGAUGGUCCUGUGGGGCAACUCCAUUCCUCCCUGUUGGGCCUUAGCCAGCUCCUACAGCCCAAGGACCAUGCCUGGAAGAAACAGCAGGUUCCUAGCCGCAGUGAGCCAUGGCAGCGCCUCCUCCUUCGCCCCAAGAUCUUACAAAGACUUCGAGCCUUCGCUGCAAUUGCUGCAAGAGUUUUCACCCAUGGGGCAGCCACUCUGAGCCCCUAGGGAAUGGACUAAUCCUACCUCAACCAUCAGAGGGCUAACAGGGAUGAGGAUGGUCACUACGUGUAAGAAACCAAGCAAUGCUGAGUCGCAUGCUUCAAAUACUGAUAAAGCAUCACAAAUGUUGACAACUACCAACACUGACAAGCAGCCUGAAUGGCUGGGCCAGCAGAUAUUUAUUUAGGGAAAAUUAAAGUAUUUAUUCUCACAGGAGAGU